AGAUCCAUUUAGCUUGGGAAGAUGUAGAGAAAGGCGUUUAAUCGAGUACCGAUAGAGGCUAGGCAGUAAACGACCUCUACUAGAUGGUUAACGUGUAACUUCACUGCCAUAUAAUCCAUGUAACCGGGUCGGCAAUGACCGCUGCAUAGCUGUGACUAUCAAGAUAUCCAAUGGUAAUUUUGACGCCACUGUAAAGUCAUUGUUUUUCAGUUGUUACAGUAAGUUAGCUCUGUAUUGCGUCAGGUUGUCUGUUAGCUGUAGCAGCUCCAAUGAUAAUCUGCGAAGGUUGUAGUAUUCUUAAAACGCUUCAUGUGAAGUGUGGAUUUUCAUAUCACUAAUAAUGGCGUUUCUUUUUCAGACUGAAAAUGAUCCUUUUUGCAUCUGGAAGACGCAUAUUUUCUGGGGUAAGACCAAACGUAAAUAGAAUGUUUACCAAGACAGCUUGCUCAAAAACAACUUCUGUGUAUUGUAUAAGAAUAAGAGGUCAUCAAGUUUGUAUAUUUUUGUUUAUUUGUAUUCAGCUUACGGUAUGGAGAAGUCUUCAGAAGAUAACCAGUGCUCCAAACAGCACAACCAAGACUCAGCUGCUGUUUCAGUCUCAAGCCUCCUCAGUACUGAUGCCACCCAGACCAUCUUCAUCCAACAGCUUGUUAAGCAUCAGGCCUGUGAGCUGGCAUCCCUCACGCCUCUGUCAUGGUGACUCACAAGGGACUACAGAGGGAGGCCAAAGUAAAGAGGGUUUCAGUCUGAGUGCCCUUGCUCAGGCACCUAAACCUGCUCUGUACCUUGGCUUCUCUGGGCUCAUCCCCUUCCUGUCUGCUCCUGUCCUGAUGGCAGCCACACAGUCCUUCUACCCUGAAAUAGCUUUCGCUCAGGUGGUUUAUGGGGCCGCAAUAGUCUCUUUCCUCGGAGGUGCCCGAUGGGGGUUUGCCCUCCCUGCUGGUAGUCCUGCUCAGCCUGACUGGAUGAACUUGGGUAACAGUGUUGUGCCUUCACUGCUGGCUUGGCUGGCUCUGCUCUGCAGAGACAACAUCACAGAGGGAGCCUUGGUGGUUAUUAUGGGCCUGGGUCUCUCUCUGCACUACGACUUGACCCUUCUGCCAGGCUACCCCUCUUGGUUCAAAGCUAUGAGGACUGUCCUGACCUUGGUGGCCACCUUCUCACUGGCAGCCACUUUGGUUAUUAAAAAUUUCUGCUCAGAAAAGAAGCUCAAAGAACUUCAGAACUGAUUGAAGAGGACAGAUUAAACUUUGAGCCAUAUGGACUAAAAAUUUUAGUUUAGAGCAAUCCACAGACUGUCUGGUUUGUUCAAGUUACAGUCCAAUAAAGUACACUCAUUUUAUACCAAUAUAAUGCUCUUAUGUGUUUUUUGACAGAUGUUUCUCAUAUGCAUGCACUUUUUUUCUAAGUGGCAGGUUAGGCAACUGAUGGAUGAAUAUAAAUCUCUCAAAAAGUAUACAUAUAUCAAGAAAACAUGCAGAACUUUCUGUGAGUUAUUGUUUGAAUUUGAGCUAUAUCAACAGGUAGAUUCCUGUUAUUUUUUGCCUUUUAUUUUCUUCAUAAACACCAGGGGGCACUGAGCACAUGACCAGUCAUUUUCCUCACAGGUUCCUCACAAAGGUAACAGGUGUAUCACAAACAGGUGAUGGGAAGG